ACGACGAAAAUCAAUACAAUUUUCUCGUUGAAGAUUCCAUCAGUUCCAUUUCCAAGCGCUCUCCUCUUUCCUAUCCAGGCGACAGUGACACCAUCACUAUAUGAACAAACUACGAUCUGGGUAGUCGUAGUUCUUGCAGUCUAGGUCGGCAGAUGUCCUCGUGUAGUGCGUAGGCCAGCAGGAAAUUGGUUUAGCUCCAUGCCCAUUCUUUAGUAAGCUUCUUGCUAGAUGACACAAGGUCGAAGGCGCCCGAACAAGCUCCCCGCCCGCUACCACAGAAAUCGUUGAGUAACUGGUAUUAUUGAAGAGAGAACCUCGUCAUGAUCCUUGCUUAAUAGUGCGAGACGUGGUAAGUAGAAAAGCUGCUGAGUGCUGACACAAGAAAACUAAAAAUGGACUUCGACUACGAUUCUGACAACCCCUCUUCCGGGGAGGAGGACAAGCAGGCCGGAAAAAAAUCUACUGCGAGUAGGAGUCCGGGGGCGGGUAAGAAAUCUCUACCCUCGUCGCCGAAGCGAGUAUCGUCGCCGCAGCAUCAAAACCAACCUGCAAAGCCGAACAGCAGCACGGCGGCAGCGUCCUCUGCAGUUCCCGGGCAGCUGCCGACAGCGGCAUCGUCAACAGCAUCUUCGUCUUCACUCGCAGUAGCAAGAGUUGCGAUCGCUUCGACAGGUUCUUCAGGCUUAGGAACUACAACUAGUACAUCAUCAGCGGUCCCCACGACUACAACAGCAGCCCUUCGCCUGGAGGAUAUCCCAGAAAUCACGAAGCAGCGCUUCCUCACGUCCCGCUCGCGGAUAGACAGCACGGCCAAGUCCUCGCUUCCAACGUUCGUCUGCCUCCUGUGCGGCGCCACGUUUUCCAAACGGUCGCAGCUGGAAAACCACCUCUAUUUCGAGGCGCACAGUAAGGAAUUGCGGGAAUUUGCCGUCGCCGCGAGCAACGCCAAAGCGGCCCGGGGAAAGCAAGAAAAUAAGCUAAGGCAAGGGUACAUGCAGAGCAUCGGCAGCACCCAGUUGUCCUCCGCAGCAAACAAGACGUCGGCGCCGACGAAAAUAAAUCGCAGUAGGAGCCGGAGCCGCAGUCCAGGGAAUAAAGAGAAAGGCACUAGUGGAGCAGGUACUAAGGCUAUUCAGUCCGAGGCCGCGGACAUCAUUAAACAAAAUUUCGAGCAUAUGGAAGCGUCAGGAUUGAAAUCGUCAAAGUUGAAAUAGUUUGUGAUGCAUAAAGCGCAGCCCACAAAGUGCCUGUCUUGCAGACUAGGCAAGGGAGGCAGAUUGUAAGCCUGUUCUUCAGGGGUAGCAAUAGAGCUCCUGAAGUAGCAUGACAAAAGGCGUCUUCCUUACCCAAACAGCAUUACAAACUGGAUUUCGGCUCUACCCAAAUUUGUCAUGCGCCACUUGAAAACUAGGCGGCAACUGGUAUUCAUUUUAUGCAUGGCAAAUCGUUUCAGCUUUGUCGAUUUCAAUCCUGACACCCCCAUAGAGCAGGAACGGCAGCGCAUCGAGAACGAGAAGCGGAAAAAGGAGAAGGCGAAGAUCGAUUUUUCGCUUGAGGCGGUGCUCGGCGGCAACAUGAACAUUCACGCACCGAAGAAGCCGGUGAAAACUUAUGAACUGCAAAAGUAUCGUACUCGUAUAAAUGCAUUACAAAUUAUUGCCUCCGCGUGAGAAAUGAAAUUUGUAGUGCGGAUUUACGAUAAGAAAAAAAUUUGUAAUGCAAGACUUGCAUUUAUACGAGUGCGAUACUUUUGCAGUGGAUAAAACCACUUUGAAUGUGAAGGAGGUGGCGAGCCGGGACGAGUUUGGUAUGAUUGCGCAGACCGAGGCACAGAAAAAAGCGUUCGAGAUAUCCCGUAUAAAAACAUCCCCGCCCCAGAGUUGCCAUGCAAUUCUGCAUGCCAAAAAAGUUUCUCAUGCGGAGCCCUAUGAGAAGCAUUUUCUAUUCGUGUCUUGAAAUUUGUGAUGCUACAAUCAGAACGCUAUGCUAGAUCUGUGAUGCUACUGAAGUAGCUAAACAGGAUUACACUACGAGGACAAACUUGUCAUGCCCAACAACCAAAGCUGGCUGAUUUGUCUAGCAGAUUUCCUAUCUUGGCUCUGGUGCGCGGACGUUUUUACACAGGAUAGCAGAAGCGGCUGGAAUUCGAAAAAGAGAUGAUUUCCGCCGAGACGCUGCACAAAAACGACAAGGAGGCGGGGUUGCUGGAUCCGGACAUCUAUCCAGUGCAAAAGUAUCGUACUCGUAUUGCAGUUAUGCAUUACAAAUCUUUUUGUCAAGGUAAAUCCGCAUCACAAACUUCGUUUCUCAUGCCGAGAAAAUUUGUAAUGCAUUUAUACGAGUGCGAUACUUUUGCAGUGCAUAACAUCAAGCAGAAAAUCAUACGCCAGAUGCAGCUCUCCUUCGUGGGCUCAAACGUGAUGAAGCUGCCGAAGAAAGAAGCGCGGUUAUCGAAAGGAAAAAUCCCCCUCCCCAUAUCAAAACGAAAUUCCUGAUGCUGGAUUUGUGUGCACAAAUCCGAGCUGUCUUGCUUGAGAGCACUGCAGGCCCAUUAUACCAAGUGUGAGUAGAGAGGUUUUGGCCUAGGCGCUUAGCAUGGAAAACAUCCGCGCUGUAGGCCCAACAGCAUGACAAACCGCCUGCGCAAUCCGGCGGCUGUCUGCGGAGUUGCUUUCUUGCAAGACGGACGCGAUUUGUGGCCACAAAUCAGCAUCACAAAUUUCCAAAAGUAUACCUUUUCAGUAUGAGGGAGGUGGAUUUUUCCUUUUGAUAGCGGUGCAUUCUCUGCCGCGAGAAGUUUGCGAAUUACGAGCUCGCGGAGAAACACUGUCUCGAAAAACACGACGAGGAAUUUUCGAAAAAGUACCUGGCGAGAUGGCAGGAGUUCAUCCAAACGUGGUGCGUGGAGAAAAAGAACAGAAUUCUCGGCAAGGAGGAGGUGGAGGAGCGGAACACGCAGUGCCCGGUCUGUCGGAUUCACUUCGGCAACCUGGACAAGCACUUGGGGAAUGAGGUAUGGCUGAAGAAGGACCACGCACACACGCGCGUCUUCUUCGCGGGGUUUAAACAUGAGGAGGAGGAUGAUUGAUAAUCAAAGUGCUAGAACUUCUGAUGCUGUCAUGCCGUACAAGGGGCUGGUGCUCUCUGAUGCGGGCUUCAGCAACACAAGUUUCCUGACCCAGACAUCGAGUAAUGAAGUGUGGACGUCGCGUAAGUAAGUAUACCCUCAGGACGAGCUCCACCCUUGUAAGUAUUGUCUAGUCAAAUUAUUGAUGCUGCAACCACGACGACCCUUCAAUUUUUUCUCGUGAAAAAAACUGAUCCACCAACAUAGUAAAAUAUGGCCCACAGCCGGUACAACUUCUACCCAG